AUGAGCAAGAGUCUUAAACCAGCCACUGAAUAUAUCAAAGCCGCUCUUCAAACAACAGAAAAGUUGAACAAGAAGGGUACUAACUUGUAUGAUUUACUCUCAAGAUCCCCUAGAAAUGGUAUUGAUUUGUGCUUUAAGAGAAAGACGUGGAAGUUUGAUUCAUACUAUAGAAUUUCUAAAGUUAACCUCUCAGCUGAUGGUAAACACGGUUCAGUUUGGGGUCUCUUUUAUUAUAAUGGAAAACCAACCAAGGAAACACCAGAAAAGAUUCACGGAGCUUUGAAGAAGGAUUUGUGGAAGGGUAUUUCUGAAGUUCAACUCGAACAAUAUGAAACUAAAAGAAUUGAAUCCGAAUACAAUAAUUGGAUACUGGAAAGUGCCAUGAAGCAAAACGAAGAAGCUCUCCAAAAGUAA